GCAAAAUGGGAUUCCUUCCCUGGUCGAUAAUCCAUCUUUUUCUUCUUCUGCAACUACAAACACUUGUCGUUUUGUCUCAAAACAUCAUCAACGGAUCCGUUCCUGUCGGAGAAUCUCUCUCAGCUUCAGAGUCCCAACAAUUCUCUAGUACAUGGCGAUCCCCUUCAGGUGACUUUGCUUUAGGGUUCCGCAAGAUCAUACCAAACGAUGGUUUCACUCUCUCCAUAUGGUUCGACAAGAUUCCCAACAAAACCAUCGUCUGGCACGCACAAGAAGUCAGCACAACCACUGGCCUUGUCCCUGCUGGUUCGAAGGUAACACUAACCGCAGAUCGCGGUUUGGUUCUCACUGACCCUCGGGGUCAUCAGCAUUGGAGUUCUUCUCUUCCUACGAGCAGUGGCUCUGUUUCUCGAGGGCUCAUAACCGACGCCGGAAAAUUUAGUUUGUUCAGCCAAGAUUCCAAGGUGCCUUUGUGGUCAAGCUUUGAUCAUCCCACCGACACGCUGUUGCCUACUCAGAGUAUGGAGAUCGGAAAGAAUCUUUCAUCUCGCCUGAGAGAGACAAAUUUCAAGAAAGGAAAAUUCAGGCUACAUCUAGGCGAUGACGGAAACCUUCAGCUUCUUGUUCUCAACUCCAAGACGCUAGCGGACAGAGAUGUAUACUUUCCCUACUUCAAAACCGACACAAAGGAACCUAAUCCUGGGACUCGUUUAGUUUUCAACCAGUCAGGCAACAUAUAUGUUCUUCGCGACAACUCAACAAGAGUCCCUAUCAAAGACGUUCCCUUACCUUCUAAAGACGUCUAUCUCCGUGCCGUUCUACAUUUUGAUGGAGUUUUCGCUCUAUACUCUCAUUCCAAAGGACAAGUGAGUAGUAAUGGAUGGGAGUUGGUUUGGGUUGUGCCGGAGAAUAUAUGUUGGAGUAUCUCCGAACUAGCUGUCGGGACUGUAGCUUGUGGGUUUAAUAGUAUAUGCAGUUUGGAAGACACGCAGAGACCAAAGUGUCAGUGUCCAGAGAGGUUCUCGUUGCUGGAUGCUAAUGAUGAGUAUGGUGACUGCAAGGCGGACUUCGAGAUGCAGAUGUGUGGACAACGUAAUAACAAUACUUAUGAGCUUAUUCGUCUAGACCGUACGAAUUGGCCGUACGGGGAUUACCAGAUGUACAAUGAUUAUGAUGAAGAAAGGUGUAGAAACGCUUGUCUUGACGAUUGUUUUUGUGCUGCUGUUGUUUUUGGAGACGAUAGAGUAUGUUGGGCCAAGAAGUUUCCUUUGUCUUAUGGUCAGAGAUCUCCUAAUGGUCAGAACUAUGAUACACGUGAUAGCUAUACACUCAUUAAGGUUUUAAAAGGCGCUGCCACGGAUACUCCUAGUGAUAGAUAUAGAGGGAAAGACAAGGACUGGUUAAUCAUCGCUGGUUCGGUUUUGCUUGGAACUUCAGCAUUUGUGAAUUUCAUAUUCCUUGCGUUGUACGGAAGGUUUAAGAAGGCGAAGAAGAACCCUAAUCAAGGUGGAGUUAUCGGUUCAGCUACUGCGGUUGAGUUGAAUCUGAGAGUCUUUACAUACGGAGAGCUCUUAGAAGCUACUGGAGAUUUCAUGGAAGAGCUUGGAAGAGGAGCAUUUGGGAUAGUGUACAAAGGUUUUUUAAAACUUGGUAAUGAUUCUGAAGUCACCGUGGCUGUCAAGAAACUAGACCGUGUGGCUCAAGAAAACGAGAAAGAUUUCAAGAAUGAGGUCAAAGUGAUUGGUCAGAUCCAUCACAAGAACCUAGUGAGGCUAAUUGGGUUCUGCAACGAAGGAAAAUGCCGUAUGAUUGUCUACGAGUUUAUUCCGCACGGAACCCUAGCCGAUUUUCUCUUCAGGCGUCCGAGACCGAGCUGGGAAGAUAGAAGAAGAAUAGCAAUUGAGAUUGCUCGUGGAAUCUUGUAUCUACAUGAAGAAUGCACCGAGCAAAUCAUACAUUGUGACAUCAAACCGCAAAACAUACUUCUAGAUGAGUUUUACAGCCCUAGAAUUUCGGAUUUCGGUCUAGCAAAGCUUCUGAUGAUGAACCAAACACAUACGCUCACGAACAUCCGCGGAACGAAAGGGUAUGUUGCACCUGAGUGGUUCAGGAACAACCCUAUUACAUCCAAAGUAGAUGUCUAUAGCUACGGAGUAAUGCUUUUGGAAACCGUGUGCUGCAAGAAAGCCGUCGAUCUUGAAGAUGAGGUGAUUCUCAUUGAUUGGGCGUACUAUUGUUACCAAAAUAGGAGUUUGGAUGAUCUGAUCAAAGACGAUUUGGAGGCCAUUGACGACAUGGUGAUGGUGGAGAGAUAUGUGAAAAUAGGGAUAUGGUGUAUACAAGAAGAACCAAAAAUGAGACCUAACAUGAGACAUGUUACUCAGAUGCUUGAAGGUGUGGCUCAAGUUCAUGAUCCUCCAAACCCUUUUCCUUAUAGUACCUUCUCUUCUGGUCCGGUCUCAUGUGUUUGAAUAUAUGUACUUAGAAGAGACAUUUGUAUGUGAUAUAUUUUUCAGUAAGUUCCAAUAAAUAAAGAGAAGACUUCUCUGAC